UUGGCUGUGCCCACGGCUACCGGGGAGCAGGGCCGGGGGUUUCGGAACGAGUCCCGCUAUCGGGAGCUCCGACGGUUAGCUUCACAUUCCUACAGUUCGGUUCGAAUAGUUGAGGCUCUCCUCUUGGAACCCAGGAAACGUUCGCUCUUUUUUCCCGCGGGGCCCCAGCUCUGUCGCUUGGGGCUUUGUCGGUUCGAAAGAAGACGGAGGGAAUGUGAGAAGAUGAAGCUGCCCGAGUGGGUCGUCGUGUUGUUCCUCCUCCGAAGUGCGGCGCGGAGCUCCGGGAGCGGUGUGCUGUUCACAAAGCAUCCGUCGAACCAGACGGUGUCUCAGGGCAAUGAGGUGAGGCUGGGCUGUGCCGUGGAGGGCGUGACGGAGCCAGACAUCACGUGGAUGAAGGACGGAGAGAAGCUGUACGGCACUGACCAGGUGUUCCUCACAUUAGGAGAGCAGCACUGGGAGACCUCUCACAGUGUGAAGUCAGUCCAGCAGCAGGAUGCGGGUCAGUACUGGUGUGAGGUGGAGUUCCAUGGUCUGACUUACUCCUCUGAAAGGGCUUGGAUCACCGUGGAAGGGGUGCCUCACUUCAUUCAGGAGCCUCGGGAUGUUUCCACGUUCCCCAACACUCCCUUCAACCUCUCUUGUGUUGCUGUUGGCCCCCCGGAGCCCGUGGAGGUGCUGUGGUGGCUCGGAGGAGUCCCGGAGGGAGAACCCCAGCCAUCCCCUUCUCACCUCCACGUCCCAGGUGUUAACAGCAGUGUGAAGUUUUACUGUGAAGCAAAAAAUACCAGAGGUAUAUCUGUCUCCAGGACGGGCACAGUCCACAUUAAAGUGUUGCCAGCAGCGCCGGUGGGCCUACAGGUGCUUAGGAUGAUGGAGAACAAUGCCACAUUGUCAUGGAGACCGGGCUUCACCGGUCACUCUGACAUCUCUACCUGUAUAAUUCAGGCGAUGAAGCGCUCGGCACGCAGGCGGGACCUGCCCCAGCAGAAAGUGCAGGUUCCUCCUCACCUCUGCGUGCUCUCCGGCCUGAGGAGUCACUCCAACUACAGUGUGAGAGUUUCCUGUGCGAAUGAGGUGGGGGCGUCCCCCUUCUCCCCAUGGUUCCACUUCGUCACACCUGAGUCAGUGCCCUCUUCAGCUCCUAGGAACCUGACCUUUGAGCUCUCCGAACAGCAGCUGUCUCUGCAUUGGGCGAAGCUCCCAGAGGAUGAGCUCCAGGGGAGGCUGUUAGCCUACAAGCUCCAGUGGACUCUGGGAGGUGAAGCUCAGGAGCCACUUUUGUUUAAGGAGAACUCUGCUCAGCUCUCAGGAGGAGGCCGUUUCUUUAAUGCCUCGAUCCAGGUUUCGGCCUGCACCACGGUGGGCUGUGGGCCCUGGAGCCCCCCUGUGGUGGUGCUACCAGCCUCAGUGCAGGUCCAAGCCCAGCGAAGCCACGUGUGGGUCGGUCUGCUGCUGGGCCUGCUGUUGGCCACGGUGAUUGGCCUGCUGCUGACUUUCCUUGCGAAGCGCCACGGAAAGGAGACACAGUUUGGUUCAGCCUUCAAGGAUCCUGGUCCUGAGAGUUUGGUCUUCUUCACAGCUGCUCGAUCUUUCAGCAGAAAUGUCAGUGAUGUCCAAGACUCGACGUUGGACAGUCUCGGCAUCAACAGUGAGCUGAAGAACAAACUGCAGGACGUUUUGAUUCCAGAGCGGCUUCUUACACUGGGACACAUGUUGGGGAAAGGUGAGUUUGGGUCGGUGCGUGAGGCCAUCUUCAAGACUGAGAACUCGUCUGUGCAGAAGGUGGCAGUCAAAGUGCUGAAAUCUGACAUCACCUCGUCAGGUGACAUUGAACAGUGUCUGAAGGAGGCAGCCUACAUGAAGGACUUUCAUCAUCCCAACGUCAUCCCGCUCAUCGGAGUGAGCCUGCACCGGCGUCCAGGCCAGCGGCUGCCCAUUCCCAUGGUGGUCCUGCCCUUCAUGAAGCAUGGGGACCUGCACACCUUCCUGCUGCUGUCCCGCCUGGGAGAUCAGCCUUUUGACCUCCCUCUGCAGACCCUGGUCCAGUUCAUGCUGGACAUCUCUAGAGGAAUGGAGUAUCUAAGUAGCAAGAACAUCAUCCACAGAGACCUUGCUGCCCGAAACUGCAUGUUGGACGAGAACAUGUUGGUGUGUGUGGCAGACUUUGGUCUCUCUAAGAAGAUCUACAGUGGAGAUUAUUACCGCCAGGGCUCUGUUUCCAAACUGCCUGUCAAGUGGAUUGCUUUGGAGAGUUUGGCAGACAAUGUCUACACCAGUCAGAGUGAUGUGUGGGCAUUUGGAGUGACAAUGUGGGAAAUUAUGACUCGCGGUCAGACUCCAUAUCCCGGAGUGGAAAAUUCCGAGAUCUACGAGUUUCUGAUCAAAGGGGAGCGACUGAAGAAGCCUGCAGACUGUAGAGAUGACAUUUAUGAGAUCAUGCACAGCUGCUGGAGUCCGGUCCCAAAGUGCCGGCCCAGCUUUGAGCAGCUUGUCGGUCAACUGGAGGGGCUGCAGCUCAGCCUGUCCCCCGCCUCCCCGGUAAAGGAGCCUUUACUCUACGUCAACUUGGAAGACGGGGAGCCGGACGGGGGAGGAGGAGCCGCUGGGGCUCGGGACCCGGGGCCCCAGGCAGGUGCGGAGGCUUCCAGCUGGGGCGUCCAAUGGCAGCGGGCGGCAGAGGAGGAGGACUGGCUCAUGGUGGGGUACGGGGCUAACAGGACUAUCGAAGGAGACUACAGGUACAUCAUCAGCCCUUGUGGGGACCUAGUGGACGCCUUACAGGAGAUCAUGGAGGAAGAGGAUGACGUUGUAAUUAAUGUGUGACACGGGUUGACCUAUCGCAGCACUCCUCUCACCUGAUUGGGUGCUCACCUGAGCAGCAACAUAAAGAAGACCCAACGGAGUACAGCUGGACAUUUCACUCUCCUGGUCACCAGCCCUGAGCUGACUGGUCCUGCGGUGGAUGAUCUGCUCAUUUACCUGUUAGAACAUUCAAUACCCUGUGGGGCGUCAGAAUUUGGCCAAAUGUGAAGAUGGAUUUGACUGUCUGGAGUUUUGUCUACCAGUCAAAGAAAAUAAUAAUCUGUGAAUGAGCCAGUAAUGGAUAGAGAUAGACAGCAAAUGAAACAUUACAAAUCCCCAAGGAGAACGGAACUAGUACUUCUAGGCUGUAACGAUAAACGAGAGAAAAACCUGCAGUGUUUUACUUUCUGGUUUAAAAUGUCUUACGGACGGUGGAAUUGAUUCCAAGAAGCGGUUAGGCCAUUGGCUGAUUUUACUAACAGUUGCAGUGCUUGAAACAAGUUUCUCUAGAAGCAGAAUAUUUACUGUAAACUAGUCAGAAGUCUUUGCUUUGUGCUCUGCGUGAUAAGUUGCUGAAACCUUUGUUAGCGGCAUGAGUUAUCAGGUUUGUUUAGAAGAACUGUGAGACUAAGCAGACCUGUUGCCCACAUCUGGGCCCCAUCGGUGUUGGGGAAACUUUACGCUGUACUGGUCUGUUGAUACUGGGAGAUCUAAGAGAGUUCAGCGGGGCUGCACGCUGGUGAACAUACAGAUGGAUUCCACAGCUUUUCCCAUUACUUGUAGGCUGCAUUCCACUGAGUUGGAGAGGACCGAAUUUUGAACAACACACAGCUGAUUAUCAGCACAGGCAGCAUUUGCUGGACGCGAUGUGUAAAACCAGCAAAUGUACAAAAGAUCUUUUAAGCAGGGGCCUCCUUUGUUUAAAGAUAUAUGCUUCUUUCUAUUUCCAGUUUCAGAGAACGAACUAAACUCAUUCAUUUUGACAUGUGGCUGCACUAAACGCUGAUGCAUAAACCAUUAGCAUGUGCGCACCUUUUCCUCCACAGAAUCCGGUCUGCAUGGAAGAAGAACAUGCUCACCUCGCUCCUUCAAUAUCCAGAAACUGGGGAAAAAUCGAGGAAGAGGCCACCCCAUUUUCCAUAAAACAACCAGUGGGCCAAGAGUUCUUAGUAGGACAGAUUUAGUUUCUCGUUGUCAUUUGUGACAAUAUCUUAUUUUCAGAAAGUGCAACCGUGCAGAAAUGAUUGUGAAAUUAGCUGUGUGCACACCCAUUCAUGGCUGUGCCGUUUGACGAGGUUUUGUCUUUUAACUGAGAUAGUAACUGAGUUUAAGGAAAAAUGCCGACUGAAAAAUUAUUCGAAUCAUCUGUCAAAUAGAAAAGGCUUAAUCUUUUCACAAAUUAUUCCAGGUCAGCAUUUCACGCAAACUGACUUCCGGCAAGGCCGGCCGAUCCCUCCACAGUACAGGUGGUCUCUCUUCGUUCGUUCACAGACGAUGAAAGACUGUCUAACUGCCCAGGACCUGUCAGGGAAGUCAAACCUUUCGGAAUGAGAUUGAUGAAUGAGCUCCACUUUGGUGGCUCCUCACAUGUACAGUCCUGUUCAGGGACCGAGGGCCAGGAUCUGGACUGCUUUCAUUUUUUGUAACGUUUUUUUUUCUUCUCUCUCUGCCCUUAAUGUGCAGAGAAGUACUGAGAGAAGCCACUACAGUGAACACGUGAGUUUACAGUCCCAGAAUGUUCACAGAGAGACCGCUCACACAAGCCAGAACUGUUGGGACUUUGAAGGGGCUUUGACCUGGGGGACCCUCAGAGUGGGCAGAUAUGCAGGAAGUACAUUUUUUGAGCAUUCGUAUGGUCUCAAAUCUCUCCUCUGAGACGUGCUUCAGAUCUGAAUGUGUGAAAGUAGCAUUUUUUUUUUUUUUACUCUUUUAAACUUGAAUCUUCUCCAUAUUCUGAUAACAGAUUCUGUUUUAGGUUAUCGGAAUCUGCGCUGCCUGAUUGUGUUGUCAUGAAAUUAAACCUAACAUACUUACCUCUGUGAGAAAUAAAGUGUUACUGAUGUCAUUCACGCCUCUGGAUUCAUGUAGAUCACACACACGUGCACACUGACAUCCCAGAGCAGCAGCAGCAGAGAAACAUCCAGGUGAAAUGUGGGAGUGCCCCCUCUGGGUACCAACAGGAACAUCACGCUCCGGGCUUUUAGCUUCCAAAAACCAAAUGUGAAAGUGCAACAUGUAUUAACGUAUAACCGGGUUUAUAAUCAGAUUUUUCAUAAUCGCUUCAUCGACCUGUUAAAGAAGAAGGUAGCGAUUAAAAUGGAGUAAACACGGA